AUGCUGCGCUGGCGCAGGUUUGGUCCAGAGGAGGCUGAGGCACAGGGUGAUGCGGCGCAGGCGCACUACAAGGGCAUGCAGGAGUGCAGCCCCGCCGCGGUGCUGCUGCUGGACGAAAAGGGCAGGUUCCUGCAGCACCUGCUGAUGGCAGGCCUACUGGAGGCGUGCGAGGCCAUCACGGCGCAGCAGCAGCUGGAGCGGCGGCACAAGUGGCUGCAAAUCAAGCAUAAGCUGCCCGCCUCUCCACGUAAGGUUUCAGCCAUGAGCGAGGGACCAAGCGUCAGGACCUUUGCGUUGUUUGUGGUGUCCUUCUUCUGCCCCCCCAUGGCGGUGCUGAUAUCGAGGGGGGAGAUUGACAGCUACUUCUGGGUCAACCUGCUGCUCACGCUGGUGGGCUGGCUGCCCGGCGUGGCGCACGCCGUGUGGGUGCUCUGCUCCCGCAACCCCCUGGCACAGGAGGAGAUGUGGGCGGGCUACGCGGCGCUCACGCGGCCAAACGGCUACGUGUAG